CUGAUAUAACAUGUAUCUGGAUGUUGGUAAGCCGAAGUAUGUCGUUCAUCCAUAUGAUUUAUAAUGAGAGGGUGAUUUUCUCAGCGCCGCGCGCAUUCACGGACUAGUCACUGCCUGAUGUUUACUUCUCUGGCGCGUCUUUGUUCGCUAACGUGAAGUGAUGCUGUGGCUUUUGAAGACUCAUUUUAACAUCAUCUACAGUGUUAGCUCGACUGCUGUCACAGUGACAGCGCGGAAUAAGCCCUAGCUUUAGCCAUUUAGCUGAAAGAAGAGUGGUCUCAUUUGGUUCACUGUACUCUGGCUUCUUCGUGAUGGCGAUGUUUCGGAGCUUUGUUUCCGCCAGCAGCCAGCUCCGCCGUCCGCAGCAGCCUCAGCCCGGACCCGGACCUGGACCGGGACCAGGACUCGGGCCGGCUCCGUGCUCUGGGUCAGUGGUUCCUGUCGAGAACAUUGAGAGUCAGUUCUCCUGUCCUAUCUGCUUGGAAGUCUACCACAAACCUGUCAGCAUCGCUAACUGUGCUCACACCUUCUGUGCGGAGUGCCUCCAGCCCUGCCUUCAAGUCACCUCUCCCCUCUGUCCUCUCUGUCGCGUCCCCUUUGACCCUAAGAAGGUUGAGCGUUCAUCUGUUGUGGAGAAACAACUGUCCUCCUUCAAAGCUCCUUGCCGUGGUUGCCGCAAGAAGGUGGCUCUGGUUAAGAUGAAGUCCCAUAUUGCAUCGUGUUCUAAAGUUCAAGAACAGAUUGCUAACUGCCCCAAGUUUGUUCCUGUUCUUCCCACUUCACAGCCCAUACCAAGCAAUAUUCCAAACCGCUCUACAUUUGUGUGUCCGUUCUGUGGAACCAGGAACUUGGACCAGCAAGAGUUGGUCAAGCACUGUAUGGAGAACCAUCGAAAUGACCCUAACAAAGUGGUUUGUCCUGUGUGCUCUGCGAUGCCAUGGGGAGAUCCCACUUACAAAAGCUCAAACUUUCUUCAGCAUCUGCUUCACAGACACAAGUUCUCCUAUGACACCUUUGUUGAUUAUAGCAUUGAUGAAGAGUCCGCUCUGCAGGCAGCUUUGGCCCUGUCCCUUGCUGAAAACUGAUAUUGUCUUCAUCAGGCUCUCAUUACAGAGCUAAGCUUUUGGACUCGCCGGACGUUUCCAAAAUUGUGUCAAGUUGGACUCCAUCAAUGGCCUCUUCACUGCCCGAAGCUUUAGGUCACUGAUCGUCUAAAGUCUCUCACAGCAUGCAAAAUGACCCAUUAGCUCACACUCUUAUGAAAACUCAUCUGUUUGGGAUUGGUCAAAAGCCAUUUGACAAAAUAUAAUUAUAUAAUAACAAUAAGAGUGAUUCCUUCAAAGAACUCUGUGAAAGAUGUGUAAACAACAAACACUUUUUCAAGUGAAUAUGCAACAUAAACAAUGCUAACUUUCAAAGUGGUUACUUUGGCAAUACAAGCUACAGUAAGAGUAGCGUGUCAGUGGUAUUCAUAGUUUAUACUUCAUUAAAUCUCUGUCCUUGCCCACACGUGAAGCAGGAGGACUGACCUUGCCAUAGUCAUUAUCACUGAAUGCAAAUAAUCUCAUCAGACUUUGUGAACGCAAUAACAUACAUUGCCACGUUGCUCUUCACUUAACCCACUUUUUAUCCUUGUGAAUAUUUGCACUUUUUAUAUUAGACUGACAUCAUUGUGACAAACCUUGAGUGUUGAAAGUGAGUGUCCACCUUUCACGUACCUUAGUAUUUUUAUGAUACAUCCGUCAAAUAAAAUGGAUACAAGAUAUCUAUUUUUUUGAAAAAUUAUUACUUUUCACACCACUGGAGGUGGUGACUACCGUAUUUGCAACUUUCUGAGGACAUUGUGUUUCUGUAAAUACUUGAAAUGCCGUCACACAUCACAUGAACAGGCUGAAGUGACAGAGGUGUAGGACCUGUUUGAACAGGCGGCAGUAUACACUUGGUUGUAAACGUUGGGUUUGCACUUUGUAUUUUUUAUUUUUAUUUUUUGUUCAUUUUAAAGUGUAUGGAAAUAUUGUAAAUUGCUUAAGACAUCAUUGUCCUCUGGUUGGAUUGUUUUAUGGAAUGCAUGUGCCAUUCCAGAUUUGCUCUUUGCGACUAGAACAGGUUCUGUGAUGUGGGUUAAAAAUUCAGAAUUGGGAAAAAAAAAGAAUUGAUGUUUUGGAAAACCCUCUUCAGACCUUUGCCCAAGACUGCCUGUCUGUGGGUUAUUACAUUUGUAUGUAAGUUAUUUAAACUGUACAGGUUUUACUCCACAAAUCCUGGUUUUGCAUUACAGGCCCUACAUUUUGUGUUUUUUGUUGUUUUGGAUUUUUCUGUCAAACUUACUUUUUUCCCAUAAUAGUUUGUGUAGUCCCUGUGCAAUGUCUUUUAAGGACUGCCCCAUGACAAACUGAACUUGCUGCUGUCUUUUAAAAGUUGAAUUUUGAGUUUAUCUUAUUCAAUUCACAUCUUAACAUUUGGAGUAUAUGUUAUAACACUUGUAAUGCCAGUUACUACAGAGGGAGUUGAUUUAGUCUGUUGCAUUAAAACUUGUAGCACAACAUUUUAUGUUAUUUUUGUUACAUAAUGUAAGCAUACUAAACUUAUGAAACAAUUGCUUAAUGACUGCUUUAUUCAGAAGAGCCUCUAUUCCCUUUGUGUUAUUUUAUCACUGUGUUAUUUUAGGAUAUAGGCCUAUUCAUAGUUGUACUUGGAGGAAAUCUAAUUGGACAUUUCGAAUAUAUGAUGUCAUGCUAUGAUAUUAAAGUAUGGUGUACUCUA